GUGGGGAAUAAGGGCAGGAAAACAGAACCGGAAUGGGACAACUCUUAUUUCGGUCCAGUUCGGCAUAAAAUAUCCCCAAAAUGGAUUUACCAAUGACGGAGAGUUAUUAGCGAGUUUUUUAAUGGGCUUUGGUGCAUGUAAUUAGCCACUGAAAGGGACUGAGAAAGUUUAGACGGAAAGGAACUUAAGGGACAUACAACCGGGCGGUCAUGGAAGAUUUCGGGUCGGCGCUGGAGAAGAACGUGGCGGAUCUGACCGUCAUGGACGUGUAUGACAUCGCCGCAGUGGUGGGCCAGGAGUUCGAGCGCAUUAUAGACCAGUACGGAUGCGAGGCUCUGUCCCGGCUCAUGCCCAAAGUGGUCCGGGUGCUGGAGAUACUUGAGGUUAUGGUGAGCCGGAACAGCAUCAGUCCCGAGACAGAAGAGCUCCGACUGGAACUGGACCGGCUCCGACUCGAGCGGAUGGACCGAUUGGAGAAGGAGAGGAAACAUAAAAAGGAGCUGGAGUUGGUGGAGGAUGUGUGGAGAGGUGAAGCUCAGGAUUUGUUGUCUCAGAUCGCUCAGCUGCAGCAGGAAAACAAAACACUGCUCAACAACCUGUCCAUCAAAGAGUGUCCGAUGACAGAAGAGGACAUACAGAAACAGGAAGGUAUGACCGAGAGGGAACGGCAGGUGAUGAAGAAGCUAAAGGAAGUCGUUGAUAAACAGAGGGACGAGAUUCGUGCCAAAGACCGAGAGCUGACACUGAAAAAUGAGGACAUUGAAGCACUCCAGCAGCAGUUGAACAGGCUGAUGAAGAUCAACCAUGACCUGCGGCAUAAAAUCACGGUCGUGGAGGCACAGGGAAAAGCUCUGAUCGAGCAGAAAGUGGAGCUGGAGGCGUUCGGCCAGACACGACAACAGGAGCUGGGUAACCUGCAGAAGGAAGUGUCUCGUCUUAAAGAGCGACUUAAAGAGCAGAGUAAGACCAGUGCUGAGACAGAGGAACCUGUAGGACCGCCGUCACCUGCACAGUCGACUAAAGCGCCUCCAGCUUGGGGUCAGGAUUUAGCUUCUGAGCUUCUUGCGAGGGGCAUGGAAAUAGAGGAAGGGCCACUUCAUCUCAUCCCCAGUACAGGGAGCCAAGAAGCCUUUACAGACGAGAGUGAGGAUGACAAGGAUGAUGAAGAGGCUGUAUUUUUAUGGGAGGCACUGUGUGAUGAGGAAAUGUCCACUUUAGAUCCAAAAGACCCGAAUCGCCCACGAUUCACCCUGCAAGAACUGCGCGACGUCCUGCAUGAGAGGAAUGAACUGAAAGCAAAAGUAUUCAUGCUGCAAGAGGAAAUUGCGUAUUACAAAAGUGAAGAACAGGAGGAGGAAACAGGCCCGCCCAUGACCGACCCAUCGGCCACUCUCAGACCAAGCUCUCGCUCCAACUUUCAGCCGGAGUCAGGCAUAAAGCGAUUGUUUAGCUUCUUUUCCCGGGACAAAAACCGAGGCUCGCAGAGGAGUCUGGCACAGAUGGGCGAAGGCUUUGGUUCAUGGGCGGGGAAAGAUGAAGUGUACACAGAGCAAGCCCAGGAGGCAUUACAACACGUGUAAUGAACACAAACGCUCCACUAAUCGCUAACCAGCAUCAUGUGACCGUAGGCUACGAUUACGCUCCCAUUCAUGGUCACCUUUCACAGCACAACAGCUGCAAGCAGACGAAACAUGCACUCACAAAGGGAACAAAGAGGACGGGGCAGUUUAGAGUUACUGAUAGAUCUCGCCCCUCUCUCCCCCAAAAAUACUGUGAGGGAGUUUUCAUGUGCCUAUUUUGUCAAAAAGUUAGACAUUUUAUUGGUUUUGCGAAUUACAAGUUACUGCAAGUAGAGAAUGUUGAAAAGUAGAUUUCAGACUAUAUUGUGAUGAGCUUUUAAAGUGAAGAUGCCUUCCAUAGAUAAGAUAAAUAUCUAUUUUUAAUUCAAAUUGAAUUAUGAAUGAGACGAUGCCUAGUAACCAUGAAUAUGCAUGUGACUGGAGAAACAAUAAGUCAAUAAGAUGUUCAUUUUCAAUAGCCAUGCCCAAGCCACUGAUGUAUUAUGAUGUUGAAACAUACGUAGGACUUUGGAUUUGCACUAUAGGAUACAUAAGCACACUGAAGCCACAUCCGAACUAAUCCGUUUUCAUCUGAAAAAUCAGUUUUAAAGUAAUAUAUUUCGGUGUUAAUAAAAGUAUAUUUCAAUGGACAGUAUUUGUGGCAAAAAUGUAUUUUGACUCUCCCUCCUUUUCUUUAAAACAGUGAGGCACUUCCAUUGUAAGUUCCUCACUGUAACCUCGAUUUUUGCUUUUUUUAAGAAAAGGAGCGACAGGUCGAUUUGUUUAUUUUGUGGUAAUCAACAUUGUCACAAAUGUUGUUGAUUUAGCUUAACUUGUAAUGAACCCGGAAUAUUCCUUUAAAGCAGAACAGUCCCAUGACAGGAGUUGGAAAAUGUUAUAAUUUUCACAGACAAUGAAAGUAAGAUUAUUUGAUCACACAAAUCUUAUCUAGCAGAAUGUUAAAGUCUCAUGGCUAUAUUUUUAAACAUGUAUUUAAAAGGUAUAUUCAGGGUUCAAUACAAGUUAAACUCACUUUAAAGCAUUUGAUGAAAAUGUCAUUUCGACUCUUCAGUCCUUUUAUUUAAAAAAGCAAAAAUGAAGGUUACAGUGAGGCACUUACAAUGGAAGUGAAUGGGGCCAAUUUUUGGAGGCUUUAAAGGCAGAAAUGCGAAGUUUAUAAUUUUAUAAAAGCACUUUAAUUAAAUCUUCUGUUAAAAUGAAUGUAUUAUUUGAGCUGUAAUGUUGUUUAAAUCAUCGCUUUAGGGUUUACAGCAUUAAAGAAAUUUAAGAAACGGUUAGUAUGUGAUUUUAACCCUAAAAUGUGAUUUUAACCCUAAAAUUAUGUUAACACGCAUAUUGUUUAUGUCUUGUGGCUAUAUUUUUGAAACAGCAAGCAUUUUGAGACUCCAGCCAGGUCUCCUAAGCAACCAAAUUGGCCGGGUGCUAGGGAGGGUAGAGUCACAUGGGGUAACCUCCUCGUGACCGCUAUAAUGUGGUUCUCUUAACGUGAUAAGAUGCGUGGAUUGACAGUCUCAGAUGCAACUGAGAUUCGUCCUCCGUCACCCGCAUUAAGGCGAGUCACUACGCCACCACAAGGACUUAUAGCACAUUGGGAAUUGGGCAUCCUAAAUUGGGGAGGAGAAAAAAAAUAUAUUAUGAGUAUAAAGAGUAUUUUAAUGUUUACAGAUUGGCCCCAUUGACUUCCAUUGUAAGUGCCUCACUGGAACCCAGAUAUUUGCCUUUUUUUAAAGAAAAGGAAGGACAAGUCUAAAUACAUUUUUGUGGUAAUCAACAUUAUGCCUCAAAUGCUGUUGAUUGAGUUGAACCGUAAUGUUCCUUUAAAAUGUAUCCUGGCGCAAUGCAUUGGUCCAUUGACCUCCACUGUAAGUGCAUUGGUGUCAAAAAGUUUUACAAACUGAUGAAUGCGUCCAAAUUAUGGUUUGCUGUCCAUGGGAAGGGAGCUUUAUAUGUAUUAAGUGUUUUUGCAGUGCUUUAAUGCAGAACAAUAUUUUUAGUAAUAAUACAUAGUUUACUACUGGCAUCUGGCUAAAAUAUCCGUCACAUUAGCAAAUUUCUUUCACCAGCUGUUUUGCAUUGCUUGAAUGGUGCUUUUACUGGCAAUAAUAGAACUGUUGAGUUAAAGCAUGAAAAUGCUUAACUUUGGUAAAGAGUGUUUAUGAAGGCAGCUUUGUAAGCUGGAUAUGUAUGCCUGUGGGCCCGACUUCAAUUGUUAAACACCACCCAGCUGAAAAAAAAAAAAAAACUGUAUUAGAGUGAAAAACACAGUGGUUUCCAGUAACAUUUCACUGUUUAAGAAGAAAAAAUCCUAACUGGAUCCAAUGUAUCAUUAUGAAGGUUAUGCAUAACAACUCAUCUCAUUGUGUAUUAAAACAUUUUAUACCGUGAAUUGCCAAAAUAUGCUCU